GUCUCCGUAGCCGGGGGACUGAUGCUCAGUGUAUCCAAACGAAAUCGCCUUCACACGUUGUAAACUGUCAACCCAGCCAAGCUUCAGACGAAACCCCAAAGAUGUCACGAGGAACCGAACUGGAAAUAGCUAAUCCGGAGCCAGAGCAGCUGGCUCAGUCAGACACUGACAGUUUUCGUUGCCUUCAAACUUCGCCGCGACUGCACGUAGCCCUCCACGGAAUGUCGGCCCUGAUCCACACCCGUCUGUCCAAGAUGGCCCUUGACCUCUGCAUGGAGCUCCUUGAGGCGGGGGUCAAUGCGCAGGCACUGGCCGAGGUGGUCCUUCACGUGCUCGACGUCAAGGAGAAAAUCAAGGCACCCACAAGUUACUAGACGUCAGUACACUAAAACUUUCCUCCAGACGCGCUGAUUAGUCUUAUCACAUCCGACCUGCUCAACUCAACCCUCAACCUUGGUCGUGAUCACCACGAAGAAAUCCCUAAUUCGAUAAGAAAUAUCAGUUAUUAUCGGCACAGACUAUCACAAAACGUUGAUAAAUAGGCGGUUAAUUAGUUGUAUUCUAUUUCCAAAAUAAUUGGUUGCACACCUUGGUUUCGUGCGGUUCCUGAUUAAAAUUCACCUUUACCAUUUGAA